UUUCCAAAAAUCAAAUUUGUCCCAACGGAAGCCUUCGUACCAUACACCUGCCUUUGCCCGUGGAUGAGUUUCCCGUUGAGAGAGCUUUCAGCUCCCGCGCCGGCGAGGAAUCGAGCCUUGAUUUGGGCGAGAGCGAAUGGGGCGGAGGGAAUACGACGACGACGGGCACUGAGAAGAGUGGACUGGGAACUAGAGAAGGGGAAUUACAAGGCGGCUGUAUCUCUCGUUAAGCAGCUGCAAGGAAAGCCCGGUGGCCUCCGCGGCUUCGCCGCCGCCCAACUGGUUCCUAAAAGGGUUGUGGAGCUUGAUGGAUUGAACGUGAAUUUGCUUGAUACAACGUCUCUUGAGCGGCUAGUUGAUUCUAUUAUACAUUCGAUCAAGUGCAGCAUCGAGUUUGCAUCGUUAGAUGAGGAGGCCUCAAUUUUGGCAAUGGAAAACUCUGUGGACACUGAUUCUAGUGAAGCCUCUAGUUCCGCUCUUGAAGACCAUCAAAUAUGUAUUCAACACGAGGCAGGUCAUUUUCUUGUAGGUUACUUGGUGGGGGUUUUACCAUAUAGAUACAAAGUACCUAGUGUGGAAGAUUUAAUGCAGGACAAGUUUGCUCCGGGAAAUGUUGAGUUCUGUGGCUUUGAUUUUCUCAGAGAAGUUGGUGCUUCAACUGUACCAUGCAAAAAACUUACGAAAAUAAAGCAAAAGGUUGAGGUAAACACAAACAAAGUGUCAUCAAAGGCUUUGAACAGGUUCUUAUGCGUAACACUGGGAGGGCUGGUUGCGGAGUACUUGGAGUUUGGAUACUCAGAAUUACUUCACUCGGAUGUUGAGAAGUUGGACAAAGUGCUGAAAUGGUUGUACUCCAGAGAGGACGAUGCCGAAUUGCACUUAAGAUGGGCAGUCCUUAACAGCUUAGUGAUAUUAAUUGGCUAUCGUGAAGUUAGAUUAAGGCUAGCAGAGGCCAUGGGUUCGGGGCGAUCAGUCGGCUGCUGCAUUGAUACCAUAGAGACAACAUUAGACCAUCCGAGCCCCUGAAAGAGGUGAAGGUUGAUAUUGAGAUCAGUUUAGCAAGGGAAUGAACAUAUGCAUCCUCUGCAUUUAGGCUUUCCAGACCAAAGUUCAAUUAAUGAAGAUUAAAUGCAACAUACGGGGUGUGGAUGGAUGAGAUGGUACUGGCCUCGGUUCUACCCGACAUAAACAUAAUUAGUUUUGGGUGUGCAUCUUUUUGUAUUCUCGCCAAUCACUAUUGCGUGGACCAUGGUCCACACAGCUAUGUGGACUAUACUAUCAAAUAAUGUACAUUCAGUAUACAAAUAAUGUAUUUUUAGUCCUUUUUUAUCAUAACAUUCCUUUUUGGUCCCAAUAUUAUUAUGACAUGACCAAUUUUGUAUGAGUAUAAACUAGCU